AUGUGGCUGGAGGUCGGGGGCCUACUGCGGGGGACCUGUGGACAGCUGGGCCGGACUCUUGGUCUGCCUUGUGGGGCCCUGGGGUCUGGGCCCCACUGGUGGGGGCCAUGUGGGGCUUCUUGCGCCCAAAAGCUUUAUCAUGGUGGCCCUGGCAGAGGCCUGAGUGAGGAGGACAUUUGCAAGGCCCGGGAGGCCCAGCUCAGGAAGACACCUCGGCCCCAGCUGAGUGACCGCUCUCGAGAACACAAGGUGCCCGCCUCCCGCAUCAGCCGCUUGGCUAACUUUGGGGGACUGGCUGUGGGCUUGGGGCUGGGAGCGCUGGCCGAGGUGAUCAAGAAGUCCCUGCCAGGAGGACGUCUACAGCCAGAGGGCAGUUCCCGGCUCAGCUCCAGCCCUUUCUUGUCGGAGGCCAAUGCUGAGCGGAUUGUGCAGACCUUGUGUACAGUUCGGGGGGCUGCCCUCAAGAUUGGCCAAAUGCUCAGCAUCCAGGACAACAGCUUCAUCAGCCCCCAGCUUCAGCGCAUCUUUGAGCGGGUCCGCCAGAGCGCAGACUUCAUGCCCCGCUGGCAGAUGCUGAGAGUUCUCGAAGAGGAGCUUGGCAGGGACUGGCAGGCCAAGGUGGCCUCUUUGGAGGAGGUGCCCUUUGCUGCCGCCUCAAUUGGGCAGGUGCACCAGGGAAUGCUGAGGGAUGGAACAGAGGUGGCCGUGAAGAUCCAGUACCCAGGCGUUGCCCAGAGCAUCCAGAGUGAUGUCCAGAACCUGCUGGCGGUGCUCAAGAUGUGUGUGGCCCUGCCCGAGGGCCUGUUUGCUGAGCAGAGCCUGCAGGCCUUGCAGCAGGAGCUGGCUUGGGAGUGUGACUACCGUCGUGAGGCAGCUUGUGCCCAGAACUUCAGGCAGCUCUUGGCAGAUGACCCCUUCUUCCGGGUGCCAGCAGUGAUUAAGGAUCUCUGUACCACACGGGUGCUGGGCAUGGAACUGGCUGGAGGGGUCCCCCUGGACCAGUGCCAGAGCCUGAGCCAGGACAUCCGGAACCAGAUCUGCUUCCAGCUCUUGAGGCUGUGUCUGCAGGAGCUGUUUGAGUUCCGGUUCAUGCAGACGGACCCCAACUGGGCCAACUUCCUGUAUGACGCCUCCAGCCACCAGGUGACCCUGCUGGACUUUGGUGCAAGCCGGGAAUUUGGGACCGAAUUCACAGACCAUUACAUCGAGGUGGUGAUGGCUGCAGCCAAUGGAGACAGAGACCGGGUCCUGCAGAAAUCCCGGGACCUCAAAUUUCUCACAGGCUUUGAAACCAAGGCAUUCUCCGAUGCACAUGUGGAGGCUGUGAUGAUCCUGGGAGAGCCCUUCGCCACCCAGGGCCCAUAUGACUUUGGGGCAGGUGACACUGCCCACCGGGUGCAGGGCCUCAUCCCAGUGCUGCUGCAGCACCGGCUCCGCCCACCGCCGGAGGAGACCUAUGCCCUGCACCGCAAGCUGGCAGGGGCUUUCCUGGCCUGCUCCCGCCUCGGUGCCCACAUCGACUGCAGGGACCUCUUCCAGGACACCUACCAUCGAUACUGGGCUAGUCGCCAGGCUCAGCCACUGCCCGAAGCCUCCUGACUAGAGGGGAGGUCCAGUCAGACCCCUCAGACAGCUUCCCUCUGGGGAAUGCAGCAGUAGAGGGCCAUCCCCACGGUGAUGCCUCCUUCCCACUCUGCUCCAGUCUGGGGACCCCGCCCUGGGCUUCCCAGUCUUGCCUAGCACCCUCCCCUGGGCACUGGGGAAUCCUAGGUCUAGGGAACUCCCCACUUCAUACUCCCCACCCCAAAGUAGGCAUCUGGGAACUCUACUCCAAGGAUUUAUUUAUUUAUGCCAACACUUGAGAACUUCAGGCCCCCCGGAACGCCAUGGUGGAUACGCAGACUCCUGUACCUCAGGUCUCCCACAGAUCUGGCCAGUGAGAGGGGAGGAGCGGUGGUUGGUGAGGGCAGCCCUCACCUUUGCCUCCCUCACCCCUCACCAGCUGCCUUCUCCCCGUCUAUCCUCUC